AUGUCUGCCAAAGAGCGGCCCAAGGGCAAAGUGACCAAGGACAGCGUCACGCUCCUGCCCUGCUUCUACUUCGUGGAGUUACCCAUAUUGGCAUCCUCUGUUGUUAGCCUCUAUUUCCUUGAACUUACUGAUGUCUUCAAGCCAGUUCACACUGGAUUUAAUUGCUAUGACAAGAGUCUGAGUAUGCCAUACAUUGAACCUACACAAGAGUCUGUUCCCUUCCUGAUGUUACUUAGUCUGGUUUUUGCUGGACCAUCAAUUACGAUAAUGAUAGGAGAAGGAAUACUCUACUGUUGCCUGUCCAAACGAAGAAAUGGGAUUGGAACGGAGGCCAAUAUUAAUGCAGGAGGAUGCAACUUCAAUUCUUUUCUCAGAAGAGCUGUCAGAUUUGUUGGUGUUCAUGUGUUUGGUCUUUGUUCUACUGCUCUUGUUACUGACAUUAUACAGCUAUCAACAGGAUAUCAGGCACCAUAUUUCUUGACUGUUUGCAAGCCUAACUAUACAUCCUUAAAUGUAUCCUGCUCAGAGAAUUCCUAUGUUGUGGAAGAUAUUUGCUCAGGAGCUGAUCUCAGUAUUAUCAACGCUGGAAGAAAGUCAUUCCCUUCUCAACAUGCCACCCUGGCAGCCUUUGCAGCGGUGUACAUUUCGAUGUACUUCAAUUCUACGUUAACGGACUCCUCCAAACUUCUGAAACCACUCUUGGUCUUUGCUUUUAUCAUCUGUGGAAUUAUAUGUGGUCUGACUCGUAUCACCCAGUACAAGAACCAUCCAGUUGAUGUUUAUUGUGGCUUUCUCAUAGGAGGAGGAAUUGCUCUCUAUUUGGGCCUGUAUGCUGUGGGGAACUUCUUGCCAAGUGAUGAGAACGUGUUUCAGCCCAGUUUUCACAGAGAACCUCUAAGGUCUUUGACAGACCUCAGCCAAGAUGCCAACAGGAUCCUGCCAGGUAAAAAUGGAAGCAGCAGUGAUGGCAUUGUUUCUCAUCGUACAGAAGGUAUCCUGAAUAGAAACCACAGAGAUACAGGGUCUCUGACCAAUAUCAAGAGAGCAAACGCCGAUGUAGAAAUAAUAACACCGCGAAGCCCAAUGGGAAAGGAAAAUAUGGUCACCUUCAGCAACACUUUGCCAAGAGUCAACACACCAUCCAUGGAAGACCCAGCAAGGCGAAAUGCAACAAUACACGCAUCCAUGGAUUCUGCCCGUUCCAAACAGCUGCUUUCCCAGUGGAAGAACAAGAAUGAGAGUCGAAAGUUGUCUCUGCAAGUCAUAGAGACUGAAUCUGGCCAGUCACCACCAAGGGCUAUUGAGAUGAGGUCAAGCUCAGAACCCUCCAGAGUAGGUGUAAAUGGGGAUCAUCAUGGCCCAACUAGCCAAUACCUGAAAAUUCAACCAGGCAGCGUACCAGGCUGUAACAACACAGGUCUUUCCGGUGGGCCACGGGUCUCUAUUCAGUCACGUCCUGGUUCUUCCCAGCUAGUCCACAUUCCUGAAGAGACUCAGGAGAACGUGAACACAUCACCCAAAACUAGUUCGGCUAGAGCUAAAUGGCUGAAAGCUGCUGAGAAGAGUGUUGCUUGUAGAAGCAACAGCCAGCCAAGAAUCAUGCAAGUAAUAGCCAUGUCUAAGCAGCAAGGAGUGCUUCAGAGUAGCCCAAAGGGUUCAGAGGGAAGCACAGUCACUUGCACGGGAGCCAUCAGAUACAAAACCUUGACAGACCAUGAGCCAAGCAGCAUUGUCAGAGUUGAGGCCCAUCCAGAGAAUAACAGACCUGUAAUUCAGAUGCCAUCUGAAGGUGAAGGGAGUGGGUCAUGGAAAUGGAAAGGUCCUGAAAAAAUCACCCUUCGUCAGACCUAUGAGCUAAAUGAUCUGAACAGAGACUCUGAGAGCUGUGACUCCUUAAAAGACAGUUACGGGUCAGGCGACAGAAAAAGGAGCAACAUAGAUAACAGCGAGCAUCACCAUCACGGGAUUACUACGAUAAGGGUCACGCCAGUAGAGGGAAGUGAGAUUGGCUCAGAGACUCUGUCAAUUUCUUCUAGCCGGGACUCAACGCUUCGAAGGAAAGGUAACAUCAUUUUAAUCCCCGAGAGAGGGAGCAGUCCAGAGAACACCAGGAACAUCUUCUAUAAGGGCACAUCCCCUACGCGAGCAUACAAGGAAUGAGAGGAGACGUAUCAGCUGGUCCAUACCACCACAAUCACAUCUUAACACAGGUUCUGCUCUCUUUAUUUGGAGCCAAUAUUUACUUUUGAUGUGCCAAAUUCUUGCCCAGCAGCCCAACUGCUGUUGAACGCUGCUGACAUGCAAUGUGCAUGAGCCUGUGGGAAGUGUGUGGUGGGGGGAAAGCACAACGCCAGAACCUAACUAAUGUGAAACAUUUGCAAGCAGCUUGUUUCUUCAGACACAAAGCUUUUAUCUGAGGGUGAUGAUGUCAAUCAAAACAACGGUCUUGAACACAGACCCGUUAUUUCCUGAAUGUGCCAACUUUUUAUUUUGUAUGUGUCCAAAAUUGACUGAGUUUCUCACAGCAAAGGCUGUAUCGAGUGGUAUAUAUUCACCUUUGCAGAAUUUGCACCAAAUCUUUCAUCCAGGAUGGUGCUGAUGGUAACUUUACAUGUUUUGAACAGUACUUACUAGACUCUGCAAACACAUGACAUAUUGAUGUGUGGUAACUUUCAAAGUACUAUUGCUAAUACUAUUGAUGAUGCUGGCUGCAUUCAUUUAGCAUAGGAAAUAUUUACAGCUUUGUUAUAGUGGAUCUGUCACAUUCAAAGAUUGCAAAGGUUUCGUGUAGUUCUUUAAGAUGUCUACUGCAACAAAACCCGUGUGGGUAAUGUUCCAUUAGAAUGGAAUAACUAUCUAUUUUUGACUAGUUUUGCUGCUACUGCUCAACUUUUGUUUAAGAAGAGGUGCUACUAAUGAAGAGGCUGCUUCUUAGUGGGCUAACUCAUAGAAUUGUUUGAAAUUGUUCUUUUUAAGGGGUCUUUUAAAGUACAACUCAUUCAGAUUCUGCAUUUUAAACCUCUGAUUCUGCCCUCCAGCAACUCUUCCAUUUUUCUAUUAGUUUUUAACCACAGAAUGCAGGACACCAGUAACUGUGAGAUGUGCUAAUGUGAAAGGUGAGCCAUGAGCAGAUAAACAGCCACUUUCUUGACCACCUUCCAAGGAGAUAGCAAUUAAUAUCCUAGCUCACACUUAGAAGCAGUCAUUCACCUCACUUGCUUAGCAUGCCACAAGAACAGUCACAAGUUUCACCCCAAACACGACCAAUUCAGGGGAUUUAUGUUUCCCUUUAAAAAUGGGAAUUGGCUUGGAAUUCCUGCCUCAGAAUGCAGGAUCACUGAGUGAGUGUUGCAUUGUGCCACUGCUACUCUUCACCUCCCCUGAGACACCCUACAGAGCCUUCUUAAGCAGCAGAUUCUUUUCUCACCACUGCCACUUGAGAAUAUGGAUUAUUUGAGUAAAUUGAGCUUCAAAGGUAACAAAAGAACUUGCCUGCUAAAAUACUCUCCAUUGCCAACACUGUUGAAAGGAUAUGCUCUGAAAGGAAGAAGCAUAACAUGGCCUGGUCAUGCUGGGAGAAAUGCCUCAUUGUAUUUGGCUGUGACUUAAAUAACCUAAGCCACCAAGGAAGCCAGGGGUAGUGCUUGCCCAGGGCACCCCCUCAUCCUCUCCUAGAUGAUUUCCACCUGAAAGAGAACUACUGUCAGGCACCUCCCAGCUCUCCUUGUAGGAGGGAGAAGGAAGGUUUAGCAGUCCCCUCACUAAGCAGUAGAUCAGGUCUGUUCUCUGGCUUCUUGAGAGCAGUGUUUCAUUCCAAGUCCUCUUCUGCUUUAGAGUAUCAAAGAAGCAGGUACAUACUACCUAGUCAGAACCUGUCUACAGACCCUACCCCACAGAACUCUGAGGAAAAGCUCGCCCUAGCCCAGCCAAAUAGGAGGUGGAAGGAAGAACCAUCCCAUCCCAAGAUGAUAAAUAGCACAACACACACACACCAAAAAAUCAACCA